UUUUCUUUUAAGCGCUCAUGAAGAGGAAGUUAAUCGCGGUUAUUUCCAGACAGACUGAAGAAGAGAGGCAACAUCAUGGUGUCCAGUCACACCCUACAAUUUACCCGGAAUCUGGGGCGUUCCCUCCAACUGGCAGCUCUGAUUUGGAUUGUGAGAAUUUCAGUCACAGAAAGUGUUACCCCCAUACUCAGAGGGGAGGUUGGUGGAAAUGUGACUUUUCGCUGCCCUGUGAACAAGACAUGGAAUAUCACAUUUAUCUACUUCCAAAGGGGCGACAAAUUUAUCAACGGCUACCACACAACAAGAGAUGCGGAGAUGCCGGUAACUUGGGGUAACACAAUAAUGGAUCGCAACAAGGCCCACAUCGACAUGAUCAGACUGAACAUCUCACAUAAUGGAGUGUAUCAAUGCAUUAUUCGGUACAGUGACAACAAUAUGCUUGAGGAACACUAUAUAAAGCUAGCUGUCACAGCCAACUACAGCAAACCCUCAGUUGAAACAACCUGUGAUGAUGGAAAUCUUGGUUGUGUUGUGAGAUGUUCUUCUCAUGGUGGCUACCCAAAAACCAAGAUGAAGUUGAUUACACCUGAGUCUGGGAAGUCAAGCACUCAGGUGUUCAAAGAUGUGAACAGCAGUCAAGUGUCCAGUCCAGACACCAUGCUGUUCAACAGCUCCAGCACCACAUACAUCAACUGCACCAGUGGACAGUGGAAGUAUCUCAGAUGCUCUGUGGGAGAGGCCACGUCCCACAUGUUCUCAGUUUGUGAACCCAAGCGUGUACCUGAAUCUAACAAUCACACACUAAUAAUUGCCGGCGUGGUGAUGGCAGUCAUCAUUUUUGUUAUUAUUGUGAUCGUGUUUUGCAAGUUUUCGUGCAAGAAAAGGACAGGAAGGGCAGCGGGACAAAUGUGCAACACAAACGGAGAUCUGCAUGAGAAUAUCAGCCUCAACCCUAACCAGGAAGGAAAAUAAGCAUCUUGAGAAAGAAGGUGAUGAAGAAGUACGUCUGAUUUUUACUCAGAACAAAGACUAUCUUUUCCAGAAUAUAGAGCUCAAAUGUACGUUUACAUAUGUGGCAAGCCAGGAAGCUACAGGAGCCUGUGACUGCCCGGACCUGGCUCACAUGAGACUGUAAAUAUUCCGGCGACACUUGUGACCGUAAGUGUUGAAGGAAGUGUUUAUCAUCAGUAUCUACUUCAACUGACGUCAUUCAACCGAAAUUCAGUAGGUUUCAAGUGGUUUGUGGUGUCAUUUUUGGUCGGGUACUGUCUGUGAAGGAUACACUUCCCAGCAAUUUGACUGUUACACUGACAUAUCCAUGUGCAGGAGAUUGGACUUUUGCACCUGUAUUGUAACAUUUGCACUGUAUCUUCAAAAAACGUUUUAACAGUUUUUGAAAAUACAGUCUUUGCACUUUAAGCCCCCCACCCCCCCUCCAUUUGAUCAUUCUGCCAAUCUCCUAGCAGAACAUACACUGUUUGUUCCUGUCAAGCUGGAAACAAUCGUUGCCCUCAAUGUCUUGUGAAUAUUUAUUUUUUUAACCGUAAUUGUUGCUUCUGAAAUGUCAAAUGCAACAUUGUUUGUUUUGAGUUGGGUUCAAAUGUAUUUGAUUCCUCUUCCUCCUUGGAAUUACCAAAUAGUGCUGCUUUCAUUUCCUAAAUCACUCAAGGUUGUUAUAACUUAUUGUAGUUCAUAUAGUAUUUCAAUCAUUUAUAAUGUCAUUUGUAUUUGUAUUUUUGUUUUUACUAUGUUGUGGGAUGAAUUGCACUGACAUCACUCAUGAACAUUCCUUUAUUUGACAAAGUAGUUAAGAGGUUUAGACGUUUAAGUUUAGGCUAGGAUUUUUCAGUCACACUUUUAUGUCAACAUUCUUUUUUCAGUUGCAGUACUAUCUAAUUGCCACUAGAUGUAGUACUAGCACCACAGACUGAAGAUGUAAAUCUUACCCUCACAGUACAUCAUAAUGUGAACAAUAUAGGCCUACAGUAUCUGAAUAUUAUUUUGUAGGGCUAUCGCUUCUUUCCAUGACCCUUGCAAUAAAAGCAAGAAUUUUCCACCAGAGAAUGUGACAAUUUUAAAAUUCCAGUGUCAGAGCAAUAUGAAUAAUUAUUUUUUUUACAUUGAUACAGUGUGUCUCUGACCUUUAUACAAUGUGUGGUCCUGGACUGGGUGGUCCUGAUUUGUUAAAGAAAAAGAGAUGUGAAGUGAGUUCAUAACACUCAGGGUAUUGGCAAGAUAACACAUACACAUUACAAUAAACUUGUCUUUGACUCCA